AUGUCGGAAGCUCCUGUUGACAAGUCUGCACAACAAUCGGCGUCGCUGCUCGAGAAGCUGAAUCUGAGCGAACGGAGCUGGAAGUUCUACGCUGCGGCAGCUAUUCCGCCAGCAGUCGUGGCAGGCCUUGCGCUCUGGUACUACUCGUCGGGCAGCCCCAAGGCCGAGCCCAAGAAGGAUGAGAAGAAGAAGAGGAAGAACAGGAAGAACAAGAAGUCGUCCAAGUCGGCUGCUGAGCAGGGUACCCCGAAGGAGGCUGCUGCUGAGGCCGAGGACGUCAAGGCAUCGACAACCACCGUAGGUGGCGACGAGGAGAGUCCCGAGAAGCUGACAGACGCGCAGAUCGCGGCGCUCGACAAGGAGGCGAAGAAGAAGCUGGCGCAGUCGCUGAAGACGCGUGGCAACAAGUUCUUCAUGGCGAAGCGGUUCCCAAAGGCAAUUGAGAUGUACACGCAGGCUCUGCGGUUCGACGAGGACCCGGUGUUCCUCUCGAACCGCGCUGCGUGCUAUGCGGCGAGCGAGGAGAACGACAAGGUGAUCGAGGACUGCACGAGAGCGCUGGAGCUGGAGCCGCGCUACGUCAAGGCUCUGAUGCGCCGGGCGCAGGCAUACGAGAACAUUGAUCGGUUCCGCGACUCGCUGUACGACUUCACGACCGCAUGCAUCCUGGAGGACUUCAAGAACAACCUGGCGUCGACGUCUGCUGAGCGGGUGCUGAAGAAGCUGGCCGACGCGAGCCGCGGACUCCCGUCGGUGUCGUUUAUUAGCGGGUACCUGAACUCGUUCCGCGACAACGGCACGGUGGCCGAGGGCGAGGAGCUGAGCGAGGCGGAUGCGCUGUACAAUGCGGCGCUGGAGCUUAUUGCUGAGCAGCAGUACCAGAAGGCGAUUGAAGCGGUGCCUGAGGGCGUGCAGCGCGCCGACGACAUCUACAGUCUGCGCGGCAUGUUCAACUUCCUGAAGAGCAACCUGGACCAGGCCAUCGCUGACCUGGACAAGGCCCUCGAGAUCAACCCGAAGCACGUGCGCAGCUUCCUGCGCAAGGCGAACCUGUUCACGGAGAAGAAGGAGCUGGACGAGGUUCAGCGCCAGCUGGAUCUUGCAGCGGCUACGGACGCCGAGAACGCCGAGGUGUUCUUCCAGAAGGGCCAGGUGCACUUCCUCAAGCAGGAGUUUGCUGAGGCUGCGGCGGACUACACGAAGGCGGCCGAGCUCGACGAGAACUUUGUGUACCCGCGCAUCCAGCUGGGCGUGGUGCAGUUCAAGGUGGGCCAGAUUGAGGAGGCCAUGCGCACGUUCAACGCGGCAAUGGACAAGUUCCCGACGCGCAGCGACCUGUACAACUACUAUGGUGAGGUGCUGGCCGAGCAGGGCGGCUCUGACAGCGCCAUCAAGGCGUUCGAGAAGGCUGUGGAGCUCGACAGCAAGAACCCGCUGCCGUACGUGAACCAGGCCAUUGCGCUGUUCCAGUCGUCGGGCGACGCUGACAAGGCACUGACGCUGAUCCGCGACGCGCUCAAGGUCGACUCCGAGUGCGAGCUGGCGGUGGCGGCGCUGUCGCAGAUCUAUCUGCAGCUGGGCAUGUUUGAGGAGAGCCUGGCCAUGCUGCGCCGGGCUGUCGACCUGGCCAAGUCGGAGGAGGAGAUGAUCUCGGCCAUCACCUUCCGCGAGACCACCGCUGCCCAGUUCCGCUUCAUGCGCGAGCACCCGGAGCUGCUGUCCAAGAUGAUGGGCGCCAUGAUGUAA